UUUGGGGUAGCACGAGGGGUUAAUUUUUUUUGUCAACAACUAACGAUAUUAGGGAGAUCUGCUGUCGGAGUAGAGAAACUGAAGAUCUAUUUUAUUGUGUAGACUUCAGAGAGAAAAAGAGGAAGAGAAAUGGGGUGCUCAAUAUCUGGGUUGAAUAAUUUGUAUGAUGCAGUGAAUGGAGGUGGAGAUAUAUGGAUCAAUGAAAAUCGUUUUAGAAUCGUUAAACAAAUCGGUGAAGGUGGUUCUGAUUCUCUUUAUUUAGUUAAAGAGAUCCGUAAUGAAUCAGCUGUCGGUGGUGGUUUGAGCAAGAAAAUUAAAGACCCUUCUCAUGUUUCAGCUGAUGGAAGUUAUUCAAUUAAGAAAGUUUUAAUUGAGAAUGAAGAACAAUUAGAGACUGUGAGAGAAGAAAUUCGUGUUUCUUCUUUGUUUAGUCAUCCCAAUCUUCUUCCUCUUCUCGAUCAUGCUAUCAUUUCUGUCAAGGUCGCAACAGAUAAAACCUGGAAUAACGAAGCAUACUUGCUAUUUCCAGCUCAUUUGGAGGGAACCGUGGUGGAUCAUGCGAAAGCUAUGAAAAUAAAGAAUGAACGAUUUUCUACGAAGGAAGUUCUCCAGAUAUUCCGGCAGUUAUGUGCAGGACUGAAGUACAUGCACAGUCUUGACCCUCCCUAUGCACAUAAUGCCAUCAAACCAGGAAAUGUUCUUCUCACAAACAAAAAGGGGCAAUCACCACUUGCCAUAUUGAUGGACUUUGAAAGUGCUAGGCCUGCAAGAAAGGAAAUUCAAUCUCAAUCCGAGGCACUGAAAUUGCAGGAAUGGGCAGCCCAGCACUGUCCUGAACUUUUCCGAGCUCCUGAGUUGUGGGAUUGCACAAGCCGUUCGAGUAUUGACGAGAGAACAGAUAUUUGGUCUCUUGGGUGUACUUUAUAUGCCAUAAUGUAUGGGCAAUCUCCAUUUGAGUAUGUGCUCGAGGAAGCUGAAGGUAACUUACAGUUCGCAAUUGAAAAUGCACAAAUAAAGUGGCCAGUCGAGCCCAAAUCUGCAUACCCGGAACCACUUCAUCAAUUCAUUAAAUGGAUGCUCCAGCCACCCACACUCCGUCCUCGCAUCGAUGACAUCAUUAUUCAUGUUGACAAGCUGAUCACAAAGUAUUCAACUUAAAUUUCAAAAUUACGAGCAUUUCCUCAUAGUAAAGGUCGAGUUGCAAAAAUUUACAGGUGAAAGUACAACCCUAUAGAUGUCAAAAAAACGGUGAAUUGGUAGUGUAAGUUAUUGAGUUCUCAUCCUUCUUUUUCUUUUUGUACUUUUGGCUUACCGUUUCUUAUUUAUGUUGUCUAAAGUUAAAACCUUUUUGUUAUUAUUUAUUGUACUAAAUAGCAAAUGUGAGCUUGUUUCUCCGGCUCUUUUCCAAAUUCGAUUUCGUACUCCUGUGGGUUGUUUUGUACUAUGAACUACCCGCUAGAGAUCAUCUUGAUUGAUCUUAUGAAAUUUCUUUUGCCCCUAA